GGGCCUGCGGCGGGGACAGCCUCCGCUCCUGGGCCCCGUUCCUGCGCCUUGGUCUGCGCCGCGCGGCUUUUCCCGGUGGCGGUCCGGCGCCUGAGCUUUCACAGUAGUGUGCGCGCGGCGAGGAGCCCCGAGGGUGCCGCGCUCCCGAUCUGAGUGACCAGGAGCGAAGUUUUGGGAUGUGACGGGAUGAUGGACAACAAGGAUUUGGAAGCCGAAAUCCACCCCUUGAAGAAUGAAGACAGAAAAUCACAGGAAAAUCUGGGAAACAGGUUGAAAAAUGAAGAUAACUUAAAAAGCACACCUCCACAGUCCCGGCUUUCCCGAUGCCGAACUGUGGCAUUCUUUCUAUCCUUGUUUGCCUGCCUUUUUGUGGUGUUUGUUGUCUCGUUCAUUAUCCCGUGUCCAGACCGACCAGAAUCUCAGCGAAUGUGGAGGAUCGACUACAACGCGGCAGUUACCUAUGACUUUCUGGCCAUGGAAGACAUAAACAGGGAUAGGAUCCAAGAUGUUGUCUUUCUUUAUAAAAAUGCCAACGGCACUGACAAUUCCAACCAAUCCUGCGCUGAUGAAGGCUUCUCUUCUCCCUGUGCCUUCGUGGCUGCUGUGUCAGGGGCCAAUGGCAGCGUGCUCUGGGAGAGGCCUGUGGCCCAAGAUGUGGCCCUGGUAGACUGUACGGUGCCCCGGCUGUCAGACGGCAAGUCAUCUGCCUGCAUCCUUGUGGGAAGGCCCAGUUCUCUCACUGCAAUUGACCUGCUCACAGGGGGGACCCUGUGGAGCCACCCCCGCAGCUUUGGUGGGAAUGCCUCUGUCCUGAAGCCUCUGCUCCACGUGCCCGAUGUCGACGGUGAUGGGGCUCCAGACCUGCUGAUCCUCACCCGGGAGGCCAAGCAGGUCAGUGGGUACCUCUAUUCAGGCAGCACUGGGCGGCAGAUUGGCCACAGAGGCAGCCUUGGUGUGGAUGGAGACAGCAGCCCCCUCCUCCACGUCACCCGGACAGGCGCGCACUACAUCCUCCUGCCCUGUGCAAAUUCCCUGUGCGGCUGUUCUGUGAAGGGUCUCUAUGAGAGGGUGACUGGGAAAGAGAGCCCCUUCAAGAGAGACCCCCUCUGGGAGAGCAUGCUCAACACCUCUGCCCCCAAGCAACUCCUGCGCAGCUCUGGAGCCAUUCGCUACUUGGUGAGCGUCCCAGGGAAAUCUGGCCAGGACUUACUCCUUGUGAGCUCUGAGGCCUGUGUGCUCCUGGAUGGGCAGGAGCUGACACCCAGGUGGACCCUCGGUGCAGCCCAGGUCCUGAGAAAACCCAUCCUUGGCCACUACAAGCCAGACACCUUGACCGUGGUCAUCGAAAACGGAACUGGCACUGAUAGACAGAUCCUACUUCUGGACCUUGGCAGUGGGGCUGUCCUAUGGAGCCAGGCCCUCCCCAGCUUCCCUGGGGGCCCGCCAUCUGCCAGCCUGCCAACUGCAGACCACCGCUCAGCCUUCCUCUUCUGGGGCCUCCAUGAGCUGGCCAGCACCAAUGAGAUGGAGCCCAGAGUCGCCCAGCACAGUCUAUACAUGUUCCACCCCACCUUGCCCAGCGUCCUUCUGGAGCUGGUCAACAUCUCUGCCCACAUCAUUGCCUUUGACGCGCUCCUGUUUGAGCCGAGCCGCCAUGCUGCCUAUGUCCUCCUGACUGGCCCAGCGAGCCCCGAUGUGCCUGGUCUGGUCUCUGUGACCAAGCACAAGGUACGGGACCUGGUCCCAGGCAGCAGGGUGGUUCGCCUGGGUGAUGGCGGGCCGGACAGCGAUCAGGCCGUCAGGGACCGCUUCUCCCGGCUACGGUACCGGAGCUAGGUAUAGAUGGAGCCAGCUGGAGCAUGCAGGAAAGACUCCAACUGCAGAAGCCAGGCACCCUGGGAAUGGGCCCUUCCCUUGGCCUCCUACAGACCCCCCACUCCUGACCCUGGUGACGGUCUACUGGGGAGCCACAGCCUUACUGUUUGCACCCGAGGAUGUACAUGGGGUUGCCCAGGCUCCUGACCCAGCAUGCCAUGUGCGCACUGAGACUCACUGGGUUUCACUCUGUUCGAGGGUCUCAGCAGGUCAGGGUGCCCUUGCAGCCUCCAGGGCUGUAUGUGCAGAGCUCACCCUGUGGCAUGAAACCCUUGCUCUGUGCCCUGACCUUACCAGCUUCUCCCAGGCCAGAGAAGCCACUAUAGGACAUCAACUCCCAGGAGGGGAAGCGACUCCCCUGGGGGAGAGGAACAGGGAUGCAGAGUGGGGGUCCCGCCUGCUGGUGGUCAGGGGCCUGCACCACAGUUCACAGGUGUCCUUAGUGCGUCCACUCAGCCCUCAGCACACAGGAGCUGCCAUCCCUACGGAGGCCCCCCGGUCAUGGGGGCACCUCCCGCCCCACUCCCUGGUGCUCACCUGAUGCAGGACUCACUCUGUGCCUUGUCACUCCUGAGGCCCAAGGGCAGCCGCUGUGCUCUGCAUGGAGCAGCCCUGCAGAGACCAGAGCCUGAGCUCUGUAGGAAAGAGCCUGAUGACGCCAGUCACAGCAGAAACUACAGAAUAAACCUGCACUGUGUAGAAGAGCCCUGGUCUGGUGUGAGCCUGCCAUCCACUGUCUGCUCCGAGAAGCAAAGCAGGAAUUUACAGGCCCAGCAGUCUCCACAUAACCUGGGAAAGGGGCCCUAGGGUUUGAGAACUGCUCCACGACAGGGAACCAAGCCCCAUGUAAGCUGUGUCCCUUGUCCUCCAUGACCCUGGGUCCAGCAGAAGCUGCAGCGCAGGGGCUGGGUGAGCACCUGCUGCCACUGGGGCAGGGCAGGCCUGAGAGGGGCUUCAAGGAGGUGCCAUGUGGCCUGGGAAUGAGGAGCCCUCAGGAGCUGGCUGUGGUUUCAGCACUACUCUGGUCUCAUAGCUGCUCAGAUAGCCUUGCUCCUCCUCCUCCAUGGGAAGUUCUGGGGUGGGGAUGUGGGGUUGAGGUUGAACACGGGGUGUUGUGCUGGGAAGCAGAUCCCCUGUCCUUGAGAAAUAAAGGCAACCAACCCAACUGCAGGCCUUGAGCACAGAGGGCUAUAGGAGGGGCUACAGGGACACUGGCAUAUAUGAAAGCUGCCAGGGCAGAGAGAGGGUCUACCUGGGGACUUCCGUAGAGCCAGCCUGGGGUGGGCACUCUGCCGUUCACCUGGUGACUGCUAAGGACAGGAAGUCUGUUCACAGGUUCCCUCCAACCACACAGUCUUUGCCUCCUAGACUUCUUACCAUGCCACUCAGGGUCCUGGAGACUCUGCCCAUUCUGUGCCCCUUGCAACUUGAGGGCCUUAGAGCAGGCUGGGAACAGCUGCCCCAGGAGAUGUUCAUGCCAGGAGCCCCUCCCAUGAGCAGCUUCCUUGGCAGUUCCCUCUCUCUUGGCCAGCAUCCUUACCGGCCCCUGCUCACCUUGGCCUGCCAGGGCACAGGCUGUGCCCUCCACCUCCCCAAGUCUCAGCACAGCCUGGAGCCCGAGAGUCUGGGUCCUUCCACCCUCAUCCCACACACUGAGGGAGGCCACCUUUACACCUGAACCGUGCCCGCUGACCUUUGCCUCUGGGCCAGCUCACACACACACAGCGUGUACACCACAUGCUCACACACGUGCACUCCACAGUGGGAUCAGCUUAGGGCUGAGAUUCUUUAUUUCUGUACCAGUGUACAGAAGGGGGAGGAUGUGGGUCAGCCCUGUGGGAGGGGUUGCACCUCGAAAAGAACCAGCUAUGCCUUCAGCCUAGGCCUAGGGAAGUAGGGCGCCCUUGCCUGAGUGGGAAAUAACACCAGUGGUCCAGAGGAAGUUUUGGUGGGAGGAGUGGGCACUGGCUGUCCUGAGGGAAUCGGAGCCUCCUGAUCAGAGUGGGGCGUGGAGUCGCCUGUCAAACCUUGGAAGGGUGCCACGGGUGGCUUGUGAGAGUGGGCGGGACAGGCUGGCAAGGUCUCAGCAGGAUUAGGGUCACAGGGCGGUGGAGCUGCUCCUGGGCAGGGUGGAGUGCCCAGAGGCCUGCUUUUCCUCAUCUCGUGACAGGUGUCCUAUUGUGCCAGCUGUCUUGGUGCCCUCAAGGUGGGGAAGGGCACCCAGUGCUGGCAGAAGGCUGCAGACUGCCAGGACCUCCACAUGGCCUCAGCCUCGCCUUUCAUCUGGCCAAGCUUGGCUAGUGAAACCCCUCCUGGAGACCAGUCCCUUCUGGGCAGGCAGUAGCAUGUCCGAGGGAAAGGAGGAGCUGUAGAAAGGCGGGCAAGACUGGGCCCUCUGGACGAGGGAGGAGUUGCAGAGUUCAGGAGGAGUGGCCCACAGUCGGUGUCGCUGUGGGGGUGAGCCUGAGUCCACCUAGCUCUCCCCAUCACCACCUGCAGGGCUUCCAGCUGCCGUAGCUGCCGUGGGCUCCCCAGAGAUGGGCGGCAGAGCAGGGCAGGGGCUGGAGAGCCGUGGCUUCCGCACGAAUGGGAACACCCUGUGGCAAGAAGAGGCUGGGACAAGUGGCUGGAGGGCCCUGUCCCCUCCCUGCAGGGCCUCACCACUCAGUGAGCACAGGGCACCUGAGCUCACCGUCUCUUUGUCUCCAAUGGAACCACAGCUUCGGCCAGCAGGCCCUUGUACAUGUCAGACUUGAGGAACCUCGGGUAGGAGUCCUGCAAGAGAUGGCAUCCUGGCUGGGGCUGGGCUCAGUGGUACAGCGCUUCCCUAGCACACGUGGGGCGCGGGUUCGAUCCCCGGCACCACAUACAAAAUCAAACUUAUUUAAAAAGAGAGCAUCCUGCCCUUGACGCCUCCAAGUUCUCACUCCUCAACAGGGUCCGUCCCAGCAUUGCUGGCCUUGUCCUUCCCACAGAGAGGCUGCUGGUGGCAGCCAUCCUUACCUGCCCAGCUCAAGUUGGGCAGAGCCGGGGAGGCCUGGCUCCCAUCUGGUGGGACUACAAUAAAACAGAAGACGGGCAGGAGCUGCAGUGCCCACAGGUGGAGAGGUGAACCAGGCUGGCCUCAGUAUUUUUUCGAGGCCCUGCCCCAAAAUAAAAAAUAAAAAAGGGCUGGGCUAUGGGUUCAAUUCCAGUGCCAAAAAAAUAGAAAAGAAAAGAAAGAAAAACCAAGGUGGGAAAUGGGUGUGGUAGCACACUCUGCAGCCCAAGCUGCUCAAGAGGCAGAGGCUGGAGGACCAGUUGAGCCCAGGAGUUUGGGGCCAGCCUGGGCAACGUAGCAAGACAUUCGUAAAAUUUAAAGAUGAUUUAAUUUUUAAGAUUAAUUUUAAGAACAUUUUUA